AUGGUCCGCGACUCAACACCACCCGAGUCGCCUUUGUCCUCGAUGGAUAACAGUGAUGCUUCCGAAAACGAAGCCCACGACUACGAAGACGAAUCGCUUCUCCGACCAUCGAAGCGACAGAGGCUCGGAGCCACGUCGACGACCUCUCCUGCACCCGCCGCAGUCCACGAACCCCAUGAGCCCGAACCCGAGGCAGACCCCCUGGAGGGCUUGUCGGAUGUUUCAUCAGACACGUCUGGUGAUAUCCCCAGUUCCCCCAUCAACGCCAGACUCGACGAAGAGGACUUUCAAGAGCAGGUGACCGUGUGUGCCUGGGAAGGUUGCGAUGCCGGAGACCUUGGCAAUAUGGACAGACUGGUAGAGCACAUCCACAACGACCACAUCGAGAGUCGUCAGAAGAAGUACACAUGCGAGUGGAACGGCUGCAAUAGAAAGAGCAUGGCUCACGCAAGCGGCUACGCGUUGAAAGCACAUAUGCGUUCCCAUACCAGGGAGAAGCCCUUCUACUGCUACCUCCCAGAAUGCGACCGUUCAUUCACAAGAUCCGAUGCCUUGGCGAAACACAUGCGAACCGUUCACGAGACAGAGGCGCUGCGGCCCUCCGAUCCUGUCCCUAAGUCGAUGCAGUCAGGUCCUACGGGCAAAGGCAAACUCAAGAUCAUCAUCAAGACCCCUCAAUCGCAUGCUGCCGGCCAUGACGACUCCAUCGACGAUGGUGCGGAGGACGACGAGCUCUCGGCCGACCUCUUUACACCUCUGACCGAAGAGCAGGGGUUCACCCAAGAAGAGCUUAACAUGCCUCUUGAGAAGCUCUACCGACUUUGUAGGUUCCAAGUCAAGUGGGCUCAGGAAGAUUCGGCCAAACUCCUAGAAGAAGUCAAGUAUUGGGAGAAAGUGUACAAGGAGCAAUGGCAGGAGAAGGAAGUCCUCCUAUCCCAGGUCGUCCAAAGCGAGGUUGACUGGCACAAGCGCAAAGCAGCUGUACUUUCUGGCGCUGCAGACGUGCAACUGUCGGGUGUGAUUGAGAGCCAAGAGGGCAAAGCAGAAGGCGAUGAGACGCAGUCACUAGCGAAUGGAGCCAACAGCACUGAAGUUGAGGUAGCUGGUUAG